AUGUCCAUUCCUGUCUGUCUAUCAAUCCGUUCAUAUCAGUUUGUCAUUUUAUAUCUAUCUAUCUAUCUAUCUAUCUAUCUAUCUAUCUAUCUAUCUAUCUAUCUAUCUAUCUAUCUAUCAUGUAUGUUUUCUAUCUUACUUUCUGUCUCAGUUCAUAACGUUCAUAUUUAUAUUAGUCUGUUUAUAUCUAUCUACCGUAAUCCGUUCAUAUCUAUCUAUCUAUCUAUCUAUCUAUCUAUCUAUCUAUCUAUCUAUCUAUCUGAACCUGUUCAUAUCUAUCUAUCUAUCUAUCUAUCUAUCUAUCUAUCUAUCUAUCUAUCUAUCUAUCUAUCUAUCUGUAUGUCUGUCUCGGCCAUUUUAUAUUCAUGUUCGCCCGUUCAUAUCUCUCUCAAAUACAGAAAAACACAAGAUUCUAUCUAUCUAUCUAUCUAUCUAUCUAUCUAUCUAUCUAUCUAUCUAUCUAUCUAUCUAUCUAUCUAUCAUACAUACAUAUGA